UCGGGUCUUUCUUUUGGAAACAUCGACUCCUGCAAUUGAGCUUGUUAUCUUUUUUACUUCCAUCAUCUCCUACUGAGAGGCUUUACUGUCGAUUCCCUACACUGACUACCAGCAAGUCAGUCUUGCUUCCUCUUCCCUCGGACGGGCGUAGGUCCAUCUCUUAUCAUACCAUACCUAAAUUUAAACCGACCCGACCCCACGCAAGGAGGCGGAGCUAAAUCGGAGUCACUCAAUUACAGUACAAGGUCGCAAGACAGUAAUACGCAGACAGCUUUUCCAAUACUUGCCUACCUAUCCAGGUAUACAUACACGCCGUACCUGGUAAAACAAGUCGAUUGUUAAACGUUAAACAUACUGUUUGGUCGCGUCUCUUGCAGCCUUUGCAACAUUGGCGCACAACCCACUCUAUAACCCAAAUCAGACGAGUCAUCAUGGCGGGCCAACCCAGCAUUCCGUCUGCCAUCGGCGCCAAAAAGGCUCUUGGCCUGGUGGAUGUUGACGGUCAUGACCUGCCGCCAUCGCCGGCACCGUCUAGCCCGUCCAACGGCCGCCGUCGUUACGCCCUGGCGACCGAGCUGGUAUAUACGGAAACAAAAGACCAAUAUGGCGCCUCGAGCAUUCCAAUCUACCAGUCCGCCACCUUCAAGCAAUCUUCAGCAGCGGGUGGCAACAGCGAGUAUGACUACACACGCUCAGGGAACCCGACAAGGACGCACCUGGAGCGUCACAUGGCCAAGAUCAUGAACGCCAACCGUGCCCUGGCUGUUGGUUCUGGCAUGGGCGCCUUGGAUGUCAUCACGCGCCUGCUCCGUCCCGGCGACGAGGUCAUCACCGGAGACGACCUGUACGGCGGUACCAACCGUCUGCUCACCUACCUCUCGGCGAAUCAGGGCAUCAUCGUCCACCACAUCGACACCACCGACAUUGACCGCGUUGCUGCCACAGUCUCGCCCAAGACUGCCAUGGUUCUGCUCGAGACGCCAACAAAUCCACUCAUCAAAAUCGUCGAUGUGGCCACUAUCGCCCGCGCCGCACACGACCGUAACUCCAAAGCCUUGGUCGUCGUUGACAACACUAUGCUUUCCCCCAUGCUCUGCAACCCCCUGGAUCUAGGUGCCGACAUUGUGUACGAGUCCGGAACUAAAUAUCUUUCCGGACACCACGACAUCAUGUCGGGUAUCGUUGCCUGUAACGAUGCCGACCUGGCCGACCGCAUGUACUUCACCGUCAAUGCCACUGGCUGCGGACUAUCGCCAAACGACUCCUUCCUGCUCAUGCGCGGCAUCAAGACACUGGCUGUGCGCAUGGAAAAGCAGCAGGCAAACGCCCAACGCAUAGCCGAGUUCCUCGAGUCUCACGGUUUCCGUGUCCGCUACCCGGGUCUGAAGUCGCACCCUCAACACGAUUUACACUGGUCCAUGGCCCGGGGCGCUGGUGCCGUCCUGUCAUUUGAGACGGGUGACGCGGAACUAUCUCAGCGCAUUGUCGAGGCCGCACGCCUCUGGGCCAUCAGCGUCAGUUUUGGGUGUGUCAACAGUCUCAUCAGCAUGCCCUGUCAGAUGAGCCACGCGAGCAUCGAUGCCAAGACGCGCAAGGAAAGGCAGAUGCCCGAGGAUAUUAUCCGGCUUUGCGUCGGUAUUGAGGAUGUUCAGGAUUUGAUAGACGAUCUCUCCAGAGCCCUUGUAACUGCCGGUGCCGUCUCCAUAACCGUUGACGGAUUCCAUGCCACAGGCACUGCCUUGGAGGUCGGCCAGACACCAUUGACAACGACGAAAGAUGAUAGCCCCGCACAAUAAUGAUACCCCACGACUUGACGCAAAAGGAUGUACGGUGUAUCCACUAUCGAGGCAUUAUGAAGAUAUCUGGGUUUGAAGGAUUGGCGCCGUGUCGAAGCAUCUGUACUGGUAAUUUCUCGUUUCUCGCAUUUCUCAUUUUUAACGUCCUAUUCUGCCUCAUCAUGGUGUCUUUUUUUUGGUUGUUGGGCCCUGGAAUGUUUUUUUUAUGGGUAUGGCGGUUUUAUAUGGCCCUAUAGAAGUGAACGCGGCUAUAUGAAGAAAAAAAAGGGUUAUGGCAAAAGUAUUCAUACGGUCAAUACACCUCCAGGAAAGAUCAAAC